AUUGAGUGAUGUCAGAAAUAGAUCCUAUCACAAUUAAACUUGUCGUUGUAGGCGAUGGAAAUGUAGGCAAGACUUGUAUACUCCUCAGGUAUUUCCACAAAAAAUCCAUAGCUAUACAACUGAUAAAUUUCCAUCAGACUAUGUUCCUACAGUUUUUGAAAAUUAUACCACUCAGACGGCUGUUGAUGGCAAAAUGAUUAAUUUAAGUCUGUGGGACACUGCAGGAUAAGAAACAUAUAAUAGAUUGAGAACACUAUCAUAUAAUUCAGCUGAUGUCUUUUUGGUCGUUUUCUCAGUUAUUGAGGAAUCUAGUUUUGAAAAUGCAAUCAGCAAAUGGUACCCAGAAUUAGAGGCUCCUGAAUUAAAGGGUGUACCAAAAAUAUUCGUAGGAAAUAAAAUAGAUAUGAGAAACCAAGCCAAUCCAGCUCAUGUCUAAUAGGAAGCUGUAAUAUUCCAUUUAAUAUACCCUUUAGGCAAAAUCAAAAGUUGAAAAAUUGCCAUGUCAAUAUCUAGAAUGUUCUGCAUUAACAUAAGUUGGUUUGAAGGAAAUAUUUGACUUAGCAAUAAAAAAAGCCAUUAAAGGCAAAGUCUUAAAAUCAUAAAAUUAAACCUUGCAAAACGUUACAAGUACCAUAUAAAAAGACUAAAUGCCUUCAAACGAAGAAAAAUGCUGUUGCUCAAUCUUUUGAUAACAUAUAC